AUGGCGCUAUCUGCCUCCCUCCUUGUGCUCUUCCUGGAAGCGAAAAACUUCCAUCACUCUCGUCAACUCAUUCACAUAGAGUUCUCGCACGAUAUUCAACCUUUAGCUGGGGCUGGCAAAGACCCAAUUCAUCCCCUUCGUCUUACCGAGUGCACCGAUGCAACCCCGAGUUACUAUGCACCAUGUCUUGCACAGACACUCCCUCAUGCGUUAGCUGGAGAAGAGCUUCUCUACCCGGGACUCAGCAUAACCCCUCCAAUAUUUGCGUCAUCUCGUCCCCAAGAUGCCGAAAAAUGGUGGAACACGACGUGGCUACUGUGGGAUCGUGCCUACAAGCUAGACACGCGGCUACGCUACCCUGAAAAGCACGGUCAGAUCUAUCUCAAUCGCGUGACUACCGACCGGGACACUGGGCGCAAGGGUGACAAGCCCGUUCGGGAUUUAUGGUCAUCUCUAGGCUACCCACCCGACCAUGUUCUACAUCGUGACACGAGUUUCGUGGCAUCAAAACUUAUUUGGGGUUGCCGCGCACCGUUAAUCCACCCACGGUUGACAAAAACGUCACUUUCGCUACUAGCGCCUGACAGUCUCAAGCCCGUUCCUGUGUCUGAUCGAAAUCUGAUUCUAUAUAUGACGCGAUCAAACGGCUUAACCCGUGACAAGGGCCGAGAGGUGAUCAACGAGGAUGUCUUACUAGCAGGAAUCAGGUCUGUGCUUGACUUCAGAGGAAAUAAUGAGAAACUCGAGAUCUUCAAUCACAAUGAUUUUCCUGAUAUGAAGACCUUGAUCCGCUACUUGCAGCAGAACGUCAAAGCGGUGGUCGGUCCCCAUGGGAGUGCCCUGCAUCAUCAUCUUUGGACCGCACCGGAUACACUGGUGGUAGAGUUCCAGCCAACCUCAAGGCCGGAUCUCACGUUCUAUGAGAGCGCGAAGAUGCGGGAUCAGCCAUUUGCUGUACUGAUGGAGGACCCGGUGGAUGAGAAAUACAAUAUGCUGGUGGAUUUGUCUGCUGUGGUGCAGACUCUGGAGGGCAGACUGGGGCGAGAGUUGGAGGUGGGAGAUAAGAUCGAGUUAGGAUAUGAUUGGGAGGCGGAAGAGUUGGCGGUUGUUUAG